UCUGCAGCAGCAUAUAAAAGCGAGACCACGAGCGCAUGCAUCACCAAGCAGUCAAGUCCUCCUUCAAGUUGCAUCAUUCGACGUUGGAUAACAGCAUGAUCGUUAAGGUGUUGCUGGUUUGCUUCUUCGCCAUCGCUCUGGCUCAGGAGGAGGACCCUCCUCAGCCGUACCACUUCAACUACGACAGCACCGAUGAACUCGGCAAUCGUCUAACCCAGACGGAAACCGGGGACGAGGCAAACCGAAAGGUCGGAACUUACGGCUUCCAGACGGCAGACGGAACCUUCCGCAAAGUGGACUACGUGGCAGACGAGAACGGCUUCCGUGCCACCGUCGACACUAAUGAGCCAGGAACCAAGGCUGAGAACCCUGCGGACGUCCAGCUCAACGCCAACCCGCGGCCGAACCCAGUGGUGGCCCCCGUUUCUGCUCCCCUUGUAGCCAGGCCUGCAGCUGCAGCUCUGCACCUCGUGGCUGCCCCACAGCCCGUUGCCGUGCACGCGGUUCAUGCUGUCUCCCCUCAACAUGUUCCAGUGACUUAUACUGUGGGAAGAGCGUCUAGUCGUUGAGUCGGAGUGAGCAAUUAACGUUCUUUGAGCUAUUAAUAGUUUGGUUUCCAUUUCCAAAUACGCGUAUGCGCAUGCUGAGUGACCUGCCGCCUUGUUACAUGGGGGAUAUCACCGGCUUUAUCAUCUCAAAUUUUGUUUCAUUUGCCUAUCAGUCAAUGAAUCAAUAGGCUUUUUGGUUACGUGCACGUUUUACGUUGAGACUUAACGGCGCUUACUCUCGUAAUGCCUGAUAGGCGCAUUCACUCUUUCUGCACGUCUCCUCUUGGUACUUUGCCACACGAUAGCUCGUAUGAGCGUCGCCAUGAUUACUGGAGGGAAAACACGACAUUCGAUAUUCCGCCGCCAGAGGGUGACGCGUACGUAUAUGGAAAUAAUCCAUUCAUACUUGUUUGAUGGUGUGAGCUGCACAAAUAGUCCUGUGUCACUGCCUCGGGUUCGUUUCCACUUCUUGUCUUCGUGUGUUGCCUUAUUUCAUUUACUUUGGGGUGAAGCACUGCUGGUGCACUACCUAAAAUAAACAACUACGUGUGGCGAGGCUUUGUCGUGAAGAUUAGACCGUUCACAGGUUGUGGGACAGCUUUCUUUGGGGAUUAUCUCAGGUCAUGGGUUGAAAUGAACCAAUGAACUCAUGUGUGCCGAUCGUCCAUUCCAGCCAGAGGGCCAACGGCUGUGAUAUGUUAUCUACUAAUGCUUGACUUCUGUAAGAAGUAUGCGUUUAUAACUAUUGUGUUAGUAGAUGGAAACUGUGAAACAGGAAGAAGAAAUAAAGCAAAUGAGAGAAAUAGUAAUUUCCUUACCGCUACAGUUGUCGUCAUUGCUCAUUACACGCCUCAAUCAGUCUGUAAAGUUCCAGGCUGUGCUUAACAUUUCGAAAUAAAGUUGUUGUUGUUGUUGUUAG